UAUUUAUUAUUCUUCCAGGUCAGCUGAUGACCUAUAUAUACGCAUGCAGCCAGUGCAACAGGUUAAGUUGCCCCUCUCUCUCCCCAAUAUACCAUAUGCUGUUGCUGAGACGAACGUUUCGGUUCCGACCACCGACCACACAUUAUCGCGACUCGUGUGCUUUGGGAGCUACACGUCAAGAGCACAGUAGAAGCCUGGACGGCUCAGUGGGUGUUGCGUGUAUUGCGAAGAUCGCUGCUUCUGCAUGAUCAGUUUCCAGGAAAAAUUAGAGAGAAGGAUGGCAACCUCAACAAGUCGAAAAGUACUCGUCUGUGGCAGUGGUAGAGUCGUCAGUCCAUGCAUCAAAGUACUACUCAAAAGGCAAUGCUCUGUCACGAUUGUUUCGAUGAUUCAGGAUGAACUAGAUGUCCUGAGCGCUACCUAUCCAGGUGUGCAAGUGCUGCACAUUGACGUUAGUAAGGAUACGGAACAAGUUCAUAACUUGGUAGCGCAGCAUGAUCUCGUAGUUAGCCUUGUGCCCCCUCCUCUGCAUGCUGCUAUAGCAGAACAUUGCAUUGAGCUCAAGCGAUGCAUGGUGAUGGCAAGUUAUGUCCUAGAGAACUUGAAAGCUCUAAAUGACAAGGCUGUUGCAGCUGGAGUGACUAUCCUCUGUGAAGCAGGACUAGACCCUGGGAUCGAUCAUAUGAUUGCACUGAGGUGUAUUGAUUCCAUCACAGAGAGGAAUGGUCAGAUUACUUCGUAUGAUUCAGUUUGUGGAGGGUUGCCAGCCCCAGAAUGUUCCCGUGUCCCUUUGCGAUACAAGUUCAGCUGGUAUCCCAAAGGAGUGUUGCUUUCAGCCAUAGCCAACUCAGUGUACCUAAAAAAUGGCAAGAGAGUGGAAGUAUCAGCUCAAGAUCUGGACAAGAUUCCGGACCCCUCUCUGAAGGUUCCAGAUCAGAUGAUUGGGGAUGAGGAGCUAGAGGUGAUCCCUAACAGAGACUCACUGAAGUAUGUUGACCUGUAUGGGAUUCAAUCAGCCAGCGCUGUCUUCAGGGGAACUUUUCGAUAUAAGGGAUAUAAUGAUGUAAUCAAAGCCUUCAGCUCCCUUAGACUGCUGGAGACGGAAGAAAAGUCUUUUCUUUCUGCUGGAUCUGAUCCCAUUACUUGGAAAGACUUGAUGGCCAGACUUCUAGAUUUACCACAACAGUCAAGUUAUGUGCAAGUUAGAGAGCAGCUUCAUGAGAGAUUUGGCAGAAAUGAUCUUGUUACAGAUACUGUAGUUAAACUUGGCUUGCUUGAUGAGACGUUGGUGCCUCUGCUUGGUGCGCCUGUGGAUGUGCUCACAGCUCAGCUUCUUAGCUGCGACUCUUUAUCUUUUGGUCCAGAGGAGAGAGACAUGGUACUCAUGCGUACCAAGAUUGAGGCAAAGUUUCCUGAUGAUUACAGAGAGAGUCAUAAUUUCGAACUGGUCUGCUACGGUCAACCUAAUGGCCAUUCAGCAAUGUCCUUGACAGUUGGACUUACAAUUGGAGAAUGUUCCUGUUUGUUAUUGGAUGGAAAGGUGAAGAGGUCUGGAAUCAUACUCCCAACAACACCAGAUAUCUACACUCCUGUGCUUCAGUUGCUUGAAGAGGAAGGCAUCCACGUUGACAGUGAUAUAGAAACUUGCUCGCUAUAGAGGCGAGUACCCAAACCUUGCUUUGAAAAUCAUGUCUCAUCAUGAAAUAGUAAUGUCUUUGUACCACUUGUGUAUCAGCUAUAUAGUGUCGAACCAGUCCAAGACAUCCACCCAUAAUUGAGUAAAAAAGUGGUCAUCUUAGACAGGUAGUCUUCAUGGGCAGGUCAGAUGAAAAUGAAA